UCUGUUUAUUUCCCAUUUUCGCGGUGUGCGUCGGCAGUACUAUAAUGAUAACACGAGACGUACUCUUUGUAGUUCUGCUUAGCACAAGUUAUAACUUGCAAUACAGCUUUUCAAUAUUUAUAAAGGAAAAUGAAUUGAAAGAGUUCUUAAGCACAAAUGACUUCAUAUGGACGUACAACACAAGCAACAAACGGGACAAUCACUGGUGUGAGGUGGACGUAACAGAACGACUGCAGGAGAAAAGUAUUGUAUACAAACACAGCUAUUACAGGAAGUUCCCGCUAAAGGAGAAAUUUUCUGUCAUGAUGCAAGGCGUCUUUAAAUACCCUAAUAAUAUGAUUGCCAGCACAAAAGGUUCCAAAGUACAAUUUAAGCACCAUCUUACAUAUCUUGAUUCAGAUAAAGUCUGUGCUGUCAUCCGUGUUUCUCCAAUGUUUUCCACUACAACGAAGCCUUGGUAUGAGCUCCGAGUUCAGAACUGGUUCCUUUUAAAAUAUCGCCACCCUUCAAUAACAUGUGAACACUAUUUCAACCUCCACGCAAAGCAAGGACGUCUUAUUUAUCAUCCCUCAUGCCAGAAAAUUAUUUUCAAAGCACAUCAAACGCCACAGAAAACCAUGCCAGCACAAAAGCCGCAGCUGUCAUUCAGGAACACGAGUGUUUGAAGUUGCUAUAAUAUAGUGCAAGUAUUUCGUACAUAAAAGAUAUGUUUAUUCUGGGAGUAAAUGUUCUAAUU